GCGGGCGAGGCGAAUCGAUGCUUCUUCUCCAUCCUUCAAAACCACGCGCUGUGCAGAAAGAAAACGUUGCUAUCGCCACGCCAUUUCUAGUGCUUCCGAUGUGAUCCAGCUCAAGCUCCAGCUACGUAUCCCUCAGCAGGCCAGCACCACGCGCUCUCAUCUCAUGGCGGCCGCGCCACCGACCCCCCUCUUCACCCUGGCGCCAUGGUUUCUCCUCAUCUUCCUCCUCCACAGCGCAAGCCCUGCUCAUUCGGCCGACGGCAACGCGUCAGACGGCGACCGAUCCACACUUCUCGCCUUCAAAUCCGGCGUGUCCGGCGACCCGAUGGGAGCGCUCGCCGGCUGGGGUUCCUCCCCGGACGUGUGCAGCUGGGCCGGCGUCGCUUGCAACGACACCGACACGGUGGCGCCGCGGCGAGUCGUGAAACUAGUACUCCGAGACCAGAAGCUCACGGGCGAGCUCUCCCCGGAGCUCGGCAACCUUUCCCACCUCAGGAUACUCAACCUCUCCGGCAACCUCUUCACGGGCAGAAUCCCACCGGAGCUCGGGAGCCUCUCCCGCCUCCAAUCGCUCGACGCGUCGUCCAACAUGCUGGCCGGCUCACCCCCGCCGGAGCUCGGGAACCUCUCGAGCCUCAGCUCCCUCGACCUCUCCCGGAACGCCUUCACUGGAGCAGUGCCGCCGGAGCUCGGGAGACUCUCCCGGCUCAAGCAGCUGAGCCUCGGCGACAAUCAGUUCCAGGGGCCGAUCCCCGUGGAGCUCACGCGGAUCAGGAAUCUGCAGUACCUCAAUCUUGGCGAGAACAAUCUGUCAGGCCGCAUCCCGGCGGCAGUCUUCUGCAACCUCUCCGCCCUGCAGUACGUCGACUUCUCCUCCAACAACCUCGACGGCGAGAUCCCCGAUUGCCCGCUCCCCGAGCUGAUGUUCCUCGUCUUGUGGUCGAACAACCUCGUCGGUGGGAUCCCGCGUUCUCUCUCGAAUUCAACGAAGCUCCGGUGGCUGCUGCUGGAGUCCAAUUUCCUUACCGGCGAACUCCCGGGUUCCGACAUGUUUGGCGCCAUGAGAGGCCUUGAGCUGCUGUACCUGUCGUUCAACUACCUGCAGAGUCCGGGUAACAACAGCUCCGAUCUCGAGCCAUUCUUCGCCGGCCUGACGAACUGCACGGGACUCAAGGAGCUCGGCAUCGCCGGUAACGACCUGGCCGGCACGAUCCCGGAGACCGUCGGCCGCCUGCUCGCCCCGGGACUCGUGCAGCUCCACCUCGAGUUCAACAGCCUCUCCGGAUCCAUCCCUGCGAGCCUCUCCGGCCUCGCCAACCUCACGGCUCUGAACCUCUCCCACAACCACCUCAACGGCUCCAUCCCGCCGGGCAUCUUCUCCGGGAUGCGGCGGCUCGAGCGGCUGCACCUCUCGGACAACUUCCUCUCGGGCGAGAUCCCAACGUCGCUCGCCGCCGUCCCGCGGCUCGGGCUCCUCGACUUCUCCAAUAACCUCCUCACGGGCGCGAUCCCCGACACGCUCUGCUCCUCCAACCUCACGCAGCUGCGCGUGCUCUCGCUUCACCAUAACCGCCUCGCCGGCGCCAUUCCCCCCAGCCUUUCGCUCUGCGUCAACCUGCAGAACCUCGACCUCUCCCACAACAUGCUUCUCAGCGAAAUCCCCACGGACUUGCUGUCGUCCGGGGGGUUAAGCGGGUUGCUGUACCUGAACCUCUCCGGAAACCUUCUGGAAGGCCCGAUCCCGGCGACCAUCGGCGAGAUGGCGAUGCUACAAGCGCUCAACCUGUCUUCGAACAGACUCUCUGGAGCCAUCCCGCCGCAGCUCGGCGGCUGCGUCGCGGUCGAGCAGCUCGACGUGUCCGGGAACGCGCUGGAAGGCGGCUUGCCGGAGGCAGUCGGGGCGCUGCCGUUCUUGCAGGUCCUCGACGUGUCCCGGAACAGCCUCACAGGCGCGCUGCCGCUGUCCUUGGAGACGGCGGCCUCGCUGCGGCAAGUGAACUUCUCCUACAACGGCUUCUCCGGCAAGGUGCCCAGCGGCGUCGCGGGGUUCCCGGCCGACGCGUUCCUCGGCGACCCAGGGAUGUGUGCCGCGGGGACGACGAUGCCCGGCUUGGCACGCUGCGGCGAAGCGAAGCGCAGCAGCAGCCGCGGAUUGCUUCGUAACCGGCGCGUGGUGUUGCCCGUCGCCGUCACCGUCGCGAGCUUCACGCUGGCCAUCCUCGGGCUCGCCGCUUGCCGCGCCAUGGCGAGAGCCAGAGCCAGAACGGCGAGCGUGAGACGAGACGGGCGGCGGUCGACGCUGCUGGCGUACGGCCAUGGCGACGAGCCAAGCGCAAGCGAGUGGGGGGACAACAAGAACAACAACAACAACCACCCGAGGAUCUCGCACCGGGAGCUAUCGGAUGCCACGGGCGGGUUCGAGGAGUCGAGCCUGAUCGGGGCGGGGCGGUUCGGGCGCGUGUACGAGGGCACGCUCCGCGACGGCACGCGGGUGGCGGUCAAGGUGCUCCUCGACCCGAAGAGCGGCUGCGGCGGGGGGGACGUGUCCCGGAGCUUCAAGCGGGAGUGCCAGGUGCUCCGGCGGACGCGGCACCGGAACCUGGUGCGCGUGGUCACCGCGUGCAGCGCGCCGCCGGACUUCCACGCGCUCGUGCUCCCGCUCAUGCGCAACGGCAGCCUCGAGGGCCGCCUCUACCCGCGCGACGGCCGCCCCGGCCGCGGCCUCAGCCUCGCCCGGCUCGUCAGCGUGGCCAGCGACGUCGCCGAGGGCAUGGCGUACCUGCACCACUACGCGCCGAUGAGAGUGGUCCACUGCGACCUCAAGCCCAGCAACGUGCUCCUCGACGACGACAUGACGGCCGUCGUGGCGGAUUUCGGCAUCGCGCGGCUGGUCAAGGACGUCGGCGACGAGGACGACGACUUCACUGGCUCUGAUGCCGAUCCUUGCAACUCCAUUACCGGAUUGCUACAAGGUUCCGUCGGCUACAUCGCGCCAGAGUACGGAUUGGGAGGCCACCCGUCGACGGAAGGCGACGUGUACAGCUUCGGCGUGAUGGUGCUGGAGCUGAUCACGGGGAAGCGGCCGACGGACGUGAUCUUCCACGAGGGGCUCACGCUGCACGACUGGGUGCGGCGCCACCACCCGCACGACGUCGCCGCCGUCGUCGCGCGGUCGUGGCUGACGGACUUGGAGGCGUCGGCGGUGCGGCAGGCAGACGAGAGGUCGAUGACCAGGGCGGAGGUCGUGGGCGAGCUGAUCGAGCUCGGGCUCGCGUGCACGCAGCACUCGCCGUCGGCCCGGCCCACCAUGGUGGAGGUGUGCCACGAGAUGACACUCCUCCGGGAAGACCUCUCCAAGCUCGGCGGUGGCGGCGCGGUGGAGUCGGUGGCCAUGACGGCCAGCGAGGGCUCGUCCUUCUCCACCACCGAUUCGUCUUUCUGAUACGUUCGUGGUGGCGAAUUCAGGAUGCAGUCAAACUUUGCCGCUGCACAAUUUGAUCCUCUGUUUGUAUACGGCAAGGCAAGUUACAAUUUCUUCAACAUAUAACAUCGAUGAUAAUGCUGAAACAACAUAUACCAUUCUGAAGUAGGAGAAAAGACCUUGUCAAGGUGAAUACGGCCAGCAAGACAAUGUGUUGCUUCUAUUAUUUGCUUCUGAUACCUGAAGCAAGACAAUUUUUCU